AUGAUUGGUGUAAACGGCUCUCUACUUCAGGCCCUCGACAUUAUUCCAAGCGAUGAGCUGUCGAGAUGGAACUCGUUAAGGUCAAGAGGCUCGACAGCUAUCAUGUCUUCCAAGUUUGAAACGCAAUUGCUCGUGUCGAGACCCUAUCUCACAAAAAAACAGCUUUCAAAGCUCCAGAACAGCACCAUACCAGAUCGGCGAGCAUAUAAUCAGAAAAAGAUCGCUAUCUUCAAGUUUUUAAGCGACAUUUGCGUCCAGUUGAAGUUUCCUAGAAGAACUUUGGAGACUGCCAUUUAUUUCUAUCAGAGGUUCUACGUCUUCAACAGGUUCGAGACUGAGUUAUGUCAUACUGUAGCUACAAGCUGUCUGCUGCUGAGCUGCAAGCAAGUGGAAACUAUCAAGAAGGCGAAUGAAAUUUGCAGCAUUUCUUUGAGGUUACGAAGUGCUGCUAAGGUAACGCCGGAGAUCAUCGAUGGCUUCAAAAAGAGGGUCCUUCAAAUAGAGCUCCGAAUACUGGAGGCAUGCGCUUUCGACUAUAGGGUGAACAAUAUGGUCCACAUCGAUGAGUACGUAGUGAAAAUAGGGAAAGACUUGAAUUUGGAAGUUUUAACUUGUCAUUUGGCGUGGAUAAUUGCAUAUGAUGUUCUGAAAUUGGAGAUACUGUUAAUGGUACCCCAGCAUAUAAUUGCCAUUGCAGUACUUAAGACCGCACAUGAAUUAGUACAUGGAAAGACUGGCUGGCCAAAGAUAAGAUACAACGCAUUUGAAGCUGAUGAAAAAUCGGUAAGCCAAGCUUAUUUCGAUAUCCUGAAUUUCUACAUCAACUCUUUUACAGUCAGCGAUCUGCCGGAUAAUUUGCCGGAAGGCAUCCCGCCAGUUAGUAUCGAUACAUUCAUUGGAUUAAAGAAAAAUGCAGGCCAGGAGUUUGGGCUUGAGGAGAUCACUGAAAAGGCUAUCGAAGCAGAUGCAUAUCUAACCACACCAAGAGAUUACUCAAUACGAGAACGCAGAUACGUUCUCUCAGCCCAGUUAGUGGCUGACGAGGCAAACCACUCGACGACAAGUAAGCCUUAA